GAGUUUUUGAAAAACAAACUCGAAAAAAAAACGAUUUUCUCUGGCAAUUUUAUUCGAAAUUAUUUUUUUUAAAAAAUAUAUAUAUAUAUUUUUUUUACUAAUUUGCAAUGAUAUAAAAUUUGAGCGAAAUUGAAAUUAUUAUAUAGAAAAUUAAUUUAGAGUUAUUUUAGCGAUGGAUAAAUACAAAUCAUUUUAUGGAAUUUUAUUAAUCAUUAUAAUUUUAUUGAAUUUUGUAUCUGUUUGUGCGACAAAUUCAGGCCCAAAAAAAAGUAAAGGCACUGAUGGAAGUGUUGACAGUGGCAGUAGUACAAAAACUACUAAAAGUGGAGACGAAGCAACUCCCAAACCAACAGAUACAAAAUCAUCAAAGCCUUCGGAAGGGGGAGCCCCUCCAGCAUCGUCACCGGAAGGAGGGAGCCCUCCAUCAAGUCCAGCAGCUACUUCAGUUUCGCCCCCAGAAGGAGGAACAUCGCCUCCGGAAGGAGGAGCCCCUGGAGCUCCAUCGACAUCACCUCCAAAAGGAGGUGCAUCCCCUCCGGAAGGAGGAGCCCCUUCAACAUCACCUCCAAAAGGAGGUGCAUCGCCUCCAGAAGGAGGAACGCCUUCAACAUCUCCUCCUGUUGGAACAACUCCGGGAGGGGAAAACAAUGCAACAAUACUUGCAUAUGUUCUUUUCUCAAGUUCUCCUAGCACCACAACAGUAGGUAGACCAGAAGUUAAAGGGUUAAUAUCAUUAUAUCAGCCACCUAAUGGAAAUACUGUAGUUACAGGACAUAUAGGUGCAAUACUUAAUAGGAUAAAUGGAAAUUAUAAGUUUACUAUUAAAGGUGGUGAUGGUACCAUUUUAUAUGAUUGUACUGGACGGGUUAAUCCUUUAUUUAUUGGUCAGGCUUCUUUAUUCAGUUUCACAUGGAAUGAAAUUAAAUUAUCUGGUCCUAAAUCUGCUAUUGGAAACCAUUUUGAUAUUGAAGAAUCUGGAGGGACACUUGUAAAUGGCCUGAUAGUAGAGGAAUUUAAAAAUUGAAAUAAUUUUUUUUUUUAAAUUUAAUAAAAAAAACUAUUAGAUAGUUAAAAAUUGUAAUUUUAUUUUAUUAAAAUAGACUUGUAUAAUAAAGUAAUAAGCUUA